GUGUGUGUGUGUGUGUGUUGGGCGUGAACUCGUCGGCGACGACUUUUACGUUUUUUUUGUUAAAAAUACAGCAUUAAGAGUGAAGCCGAGUUCUUUGGAUAAUUAAAUUCCCAUUCUCUCCUUCAGUGUUAAUUCCAGCUUUAAUCAGAGAGAUCAGCGUCAGGAUGAAGACAGAGGGGUCGAUGGCCAAUAGGCCAGAUAAUACAGCGUUCACACAGCAGCGGCUUCCCGCCUGGCAGCCCAUUCUGUCCGCGGGCAUCGUCAUCCCCGGCUUCACUAUCAUCGGCCUGGCCUUCAUCGGCAUCGGCGUGGCACUCUUCGUCACCUCGCAGAACAUCAAAGUGCUGGAGACCGACUACACAGGCAGCACAGGCAAUUCUAGCUGUUCCCAAUGUAUCAACCCCUCUAUAAAAGACUGCGUAUGUGAAGUCCAGUUCUCCCUCACUGAGCUAUUCCAGGGUCCUGUCUUCUUCUACUACGGACUGACUAAUUACUAUCAGAACUACAGAUCAUACAGCGUGUCCCAGGAUCCCAACCAGCUAGUGGGAGACAAACAGUACUUUCAGUCUCCAGCGAGCACCUGCUCUCCGUAUCAGUAUAACUCCAGCUCGACGCCUAUUGUUCCCUGUGGAUCCAUAGCAAACAGCAAGUUCAAUGACUCCUUCGAGCUGUUCCAGAUCGUCAAUGGGGAAAAGACGCCGGUUCCGUUUGACAGGAAGGGAAUCGCAUGGUGGACGGAUUACAACGUCAAAUACAGUAACCCUGCUUUUGUCAACGGCUCCUUCGCUAACGCCUUCGCUGGUACAUCACAGCCGAUAAACUGGCCAAAACCUGUGUACCAGCUGGAUACAAGUGACCAGGCCAAUAACGGCUUUCUGAACCAGGACUUCCUGGUGUGGAUGAGAUGUGCAGCAUUUCCUGACUUCAGAAAGUUGUAUGGACGGAUCACAGGGGGAGAUUACGCUAGUGGCCUGCCUGCUGGAAACUAUAGCUUGGAAAUCAAGUACAACUACCCUGUUCUGAGCUUUGGUGGCACAAAGAAGGUAGUGUUCUCCAAUGUUUCCUGGAUGGGAGGAAAGAAUCAGUUCCUGGGCAUCGCCUACCUUGUCAUAGGUUCUCUCUGCGUUGUCAUGGCAGUAGUCAUGCUCAUCGUUUAUGCAAAAUACAAGUUUUCAGAUGACGAUAGCGCCUAACGUGUUAUACUUGACCUUGUAGUGGGAAAGGGUGUAAAAUGCUCUAUUGUACUUUUUCUUCUUCAGCCAGGUCUCAUGGUCUACUGUUACUUUAGUUUAUUUUUGAGACCGCCGUUACAUUUUACAGGUUUAAAUCUGGAAUGGAGGAAAAUUCUGAACUAAGAACAUAAAGUUUCCCAUGUACAGUACUUAUGGUCCAUAAGACGCAUCAGUUGAAAUCCACAGUGGCUUGGAUCCUGAAUUGAGGGUUUUUUGUUUGUUCGCCUGCUGAUAACUGUGGGCCUUUAUUUCUACCUAAUGAAAGCGUUGCGUCAGUGCUUCAUGCAUAUUAUCUGUCCAAUUCCCUCAAAUACUUAUCUGCACAACGUUCUGAAACAUAUCAGCUACUUUCAUGCACAAUCACACACAUCAUCUCGUAGUCAUCAACCAGCCAAGCCACCAUAACUCGGUGCUAUUACGUAGUGUAACAUCCUCCAGGAACUUCAAGUCUUCUCUUUGUUGUCUGUAGUACUUCUACAUAAACAGCCUGAUCAUUCGCUAUACUUCCUUAUUGAUUUAAAAAAUAUAUUAUUCCUCCUAUUAAAUGGCAUCGUAGCUGUGCUAGUAAUGUGAUAUGCCUCCCACAUGUGACAUCAGCACGUCACAAUAAACACACAGCAUCAUCUAAUACAAUAGCACAAGAAUCAAUAAGUAAUCACAUAUUUUAGUACAAAUGGAUUAAAUGUGUGUCAGGAUGGGGAAAAGCUUUACUGACUCCUCAUUAGACUCCAAUUUGGUAUCACAAAAUUCACUGAUGUCACCGUGUUAAACAUGUGCGAUCAUCCUACUAAAGACAGGUUUAAAAUGAAUCCUGAGACUCAUAAUUGUGCAACUUUAUUAUUGUAGCAGAAAUGUUUGUUCCUUCGUAUUGACUUUUUAUUUGUGUGUUCUGGAAGAUGGGUCGUCCUCUUAGGAUCUGGUUGCACUAAAGCUUGGUAUGAAAGUGUUUCUCAGGGAAUGUCUGAAAGCUGAUUUAUUUGCUUAAAAGUAUUUUAAAAUACCUACAGCCAUACCUGAAAGCCAUCGCAUUGAUUUUUAGAUUUCGAUGCUGAUUUAAAUUCCGUCACAGUCACGUCUGAGCACAUCCCGUACAUGAGGAUCUCUUAUUUAAAAGCAGACGCAAUUUAAAUGUAUUAAGGAUUAAAAUUGGUAUGUUUUGCUUUUCUGACUUUAUGAAGCCAUAUUUAAAAGUGAUUUGAAAUAACUGUUUUAUUAAAAUAGUGCUUAUUUAUGAGUAUUUAGUCGUGUCAAUUUUUCGCGUGUUUUGUAUUACGGGACCUUUCUCCGAGAAAACUUUUACUUUUGUGUUUAACUUUCUCUCUUUUGUCAAAUCAAAGAGGGCGGGAAUUAUUUAGGGACUGUUGUGUUUUAAUUUUUUUGUUUAUUGUUGUCUCAGGCUGUGUAACCCAACAGUGCCUUAGGUGUAUUGCAGAUAAUGGUUCACUGUGUGGAAAUUUGUUUAUCAGGGUGUGUACUGUACAUUUGUGGUCAGUGUAAUAUGUUUGUAAAACCGUGUUUUGGAACCGUGUUGAAAAUGUUUUGUUUAUGCCAGUGUAUCACAACAGUGCCUUAGUUGUAUUUAUGCCAAACAGUACCCUCCAAAUAAAGAUGAUGACGAUGAGCAAAGGCUCUGUGCAUGGAA